AAAUAGCGCGUGUGCUCCGUUUAACUGAAAAAUAGUGUGAUACCCCUUUAAAUUUGUUCUAACGUCAGUCCUCUUUUGGUCCCGCCUUAGAAAUCUUCUAACCAAUCCAAGCGCGAUGCACGUGACGAGCUUUCAUUGCAAUGACCUCAUCCCUGGUGUGGGAUGACGUCAAAUUCAAGAUGGAUGGAAUCACGACCAGUACGCAGAAAUCGACACAACACUGAAUAAAGUCCAGGUUGUUUGGAUGAAAAAACUUAAUCACGAGGGCCGGUGCUCUUUUUUUUCGUGGAAGAAGUAAAGUGUCAUGCGGGAGUGCGCCACGUCUCACGGGUGAUCUAAUACCAUCAGCGGUACUGGACUUCCUCGUCGAAAAAGGGGAAAAAAACCCGACACGAGUGAUUCGUUAUUUGGGCAAUGGAGAGCCUAGUGCACUACAGUUAUCCUGCCCAUGCCCUCUCGGUGCUGGGGCUCCUCAAUGAUCAGCGGCUGCAGGGCCACAUGUGUGAUGUGGUGCUAGUUGUGGCAGAUCAACGAUACCAAGCCCAUAAAAGUGUUUUGGCUGCCAGUAGUGAAUAUUUCCAGUCCCUCUUUACCAGGAUAGACACGUCAUCGAAGGUUGUAAACCUGGACUUCUGUGAGCCUGAUGCUUUUGAGAUUGUGCUGAAUUACAUUUACUCCUCUUCGCUCUUUGUGGACAAAGACAGUCUUUCAGCCAUCCAAGAGCUGGGCUACACCUUGGGAAUCCCCUUUCUCACCAAUAUAGUUUCCACAAGGCCACAUGCUUCAUAUUGUGUGUCUAGAAAAAGACUGUCCUAUACAGAAGGGGACGAUAAUGAUGUCCAGACAAGGAGUGUCAUUGUGUGCCGUGUCCGGAACGACACAUCCCAACCCUCUUCUCCAAACUGUCCACCAAAACCAUCAGAAAGACCGUCAUCUCUUGUCACAACCGAAUUGGCUCAACCUCCAUCAGAACUUAACUCCUGUGACUCAGUCAGAAACUCUGAAGCAAACACGAGUAAAUCACCUGAACAGACUGAAUCUUCUGGAAGGAGGUCCAGCCAUCAUCCAUAUGCAUCCAUUUUAAAAGGGAAUCCACCAUACAUCUCUUCUAUUAGGCCCCAGCUGAAAACAUCUGCAUCAUUCAACGAUGCAGAAGUACAGCAUAGCAGGAUGCCGUCUUGCUCAGACCAGCACAUGAAACAGGAUUCAGGGGAGCAGGAGCCUCGCUACAGCACCAAAGUGUCCUUUCAGGGUCAGGCCUCUGAGCUGAGCCAGACUAUUGACCGGAGUGGGCCGCUCAUAAAAAGCUUACUUCGAAGAUCGUUAUCCAUGGACAGCCCUAUUCCGGUCUUCUCACCUACACUGGAGCUCAAGGAGCUGCAAAAUCACGAACAGUCUGUCGUGAAAUUGGCAUCAAAGGCAUCAGAUCCCGAAAUAUCAGCUCACAAUGGUAAUUUAAGAACCUCCCCCAUUAUUCUCAAGUCAAAACACCACACCAGAUGUGAUGAACAAACUCAGGUAGAAAGAGAGCACAGUGUGAAAGUGGAGCCCAGCAGUCCACUCGCAGACCCUUUGGACAUUAUUCGAAUCACAGUUGGGGAAGCUUUGCCAGUCAAUCUUAAAGACUUGCAAACAAAUUACGAACAGUGUUCCAAGGCUAGCUUAAUUCCUUUCGGGAAACGGAGGGAAAGGCCAGACAACAGACGGUAUCCAUUCAAGAAGAACAAAAUAUUGAAGGAACACAGCGUCUCCUCAGAAGAGAACAGGUCAGAAAUGGUGUCUCGCAGCACCAGCGACGAUAAUGAGAACAAUGACAAGUUGCCUCCGAACAAGAUUUUUACAUGCUGGAACUGCUUCAAGGUUUUCAGGUCCAGCGCCGGACUACACCGACACAUAAAUAUGUACCACAACCCGGAAAAGCCGUACGCCUGCGACAUCUGCCACAAGCGCUUUCAUACUAACUUCAAAGUGUGGACACACUGUCAAACUCAGCAUGGUGUCCUGCAGAAUCCAGCCUCAUCUUCCAGCUCGCCGGUGAUGGACGAUAGAUUCCAAAAGAAGCUGAUCGACAUGGUGCGAGAGCGAGAAAUCAAGAAAGCUUUGCUCUGGAAGCUGAAGAGGAAUAAACAAGCUUUGCAGUCUUCCACCCUCUGCAAAAAGCGAGCAAGGUCCAACUUUGUGUGUCCCUAUUGCGGGAAAGUGUUUGUGUUUCAGUCUCAGUACAGGCAGCAUUUACGGACACAUCCUGCAGAAAAAGCCGACAAGGACGAUGCAGGGGAGAACACCCUCUUCCAGGAACAGGAUGCGGUGAUUCACCAGAAGGAUUCCGAUGCUGCCGUUUACGCCUGUAGACUCUGCAAUAUGAAGUUGCCUUCACUCAUCGAGCAAGGUGAUCACGAGAGGGGCUGUCGGCAUUCCACCGUGUGCCCGUACUGCGGCCUCCGAUUCUCCAGUCCAACAGUCAAGAAAGACCACGAGGUGCACUGCAAGUACAAGAAACUGACGUGCCUGGAAUGCAUGAGAACCUUCAAGUCCUCCUUCAGCAUCUGGCGCCACCAGGUGGAGGUGCACAACAACAACGUGAUUAAUAUUAAGGAGCAGAUGAAUUUGAGGCUGGAAGAGCACAACGAAGGAAUGUCUGAAAUGUUCAUAGAGGAGCGGUACACCGGUGAAUCUCUUGCACGAGAGAGAAAUAUUUACAAUGAUUCCUCGGGCACGCCUAUGUAUGAUUCCGAAGACUCUUCAUCCUAUGUGCCCGAGGACCUAAGCAUGGGCCAUCAUGGGAGACUCGUGGUCAAAGAAGAGCCACUGGAAGAGUCUGUGAGCGAGCGGGAGGAAACGGAGAGCAGCCAAACCGGACUGGAAGAACCCGGCGUGUGGCCUUGUGAGAAAUGUGGAAGUCUUUUCUACUCUCGCAAAGACCUGGAGCGUCACCAGGAGCUCCUGUGCCACAUCAAGCCCUUCAUCUGUCACAUCUGCAACAAAGCCUUCAGGACCAACUUCCGCCUUUGGAGCCACUUUCAGUCACACAUGUCGAGCACAAGUGAACACGGAGCCAAAGAGACGGACGGGCACCCCCCACCCCUUUCCCCCUCCCCACCCAUGACCUCUCAAAACUCUGAACGGCCCUCUCCGCAGGCCUCCUCGCUCAACCAAGCAACGCCAGUCGAGGCUGCCGCGGCCGACGGGUCCAGCAGCCCCGAGGCUUCCGUGUCAUUGGUAAACAACAGUAAAAUCCAAGCUCAGCCUGAGCAACAGCCGAGCACCCACAGCCCCGUGUCGAGGUCCAACAGCGUGGAGAAUUCAGGCGGGGCUCAGGAUGCAGAAACCCUCUUCUACCACGCACCAUCUCUCUCUGCCCUGACCUUCAAGAGGCAGUACAUGUGCAAACUCUGUCACAGGACCUUCAAGACGGCUUUCAGUCUAUGGAGCCAUGAGCAAAGUCACGGCCACGUGUAAGCAUCCGGCAGGUUCUCGCAGCGCAUUUCAUACUCGAUAAUCAAAACCGCAACCAAGCCCGCAAAAGGCAGACUUUGAAUGUUACAGCUUACCCCGCUUGCCUCCAGUGUACAAUUUUAAGGACGCCGCGUUGAAUCGGGUGUAAACAGACAAGAGUACUCGGGCCACACUAAAAAACGAAAGAAAAAUAGUCCAGUAAAGAUUUUAUUUUCCCCAAGAUUUUUUUUUCUUUUGUAAAUAAAUGAAGUGAAUGUCAAAAUUCCCAAACAAACACGCAAAAGUCUGAGAGAAGCAACUGCUGUGCCUUUCUCUCGAAGGACCUGCCAUAUCCUCCUCUUGUUAUAUGCUAAAAACAUUCCUGGUAAGAUGAUCAAACAAAAUAGGCGAUUUCAGGCUAGUUUUUUUCCCCCUUCGGAAAGGGGAUAAAUUAUUAAACUGCUCAGACUGCUGAGGUGUUGACACGCUCAAACAUUGACUAUUUAACCCUUUCAUGCACCAAUAAUGAUAACUUGUAACCUGAUAACAUGAUAAGCUGUCCCAUGUCAUAACCGCGGUCCCUGAAAGAAGAGUUUAUCUUCCCAAGAUCCUCAAGAGUUCUCAGUCUUUGUACAAUUCUUGUAUUAUGACCUCAUUCUCAUACAGUUGCGAUUUUUUUUUCUUUUACCAUCACAUUCAUUUUAAAUUCUUGCUUUUUUUUUUUUGUUCAUAUUUUUUUCUUUUCAGUGUGACCCUAAUACUCUGUAUAAACAUGAAUGUGCAAACGAGUGCUAGAUACUUUUUGGUUUCGGAAAUGAAUUCUUUUCAUUCCAAAAUGGUCUGCUUCAAUUUAUCGUAGUUGCCUAAUUAUAUUUACAUGUACGUGUGGGUGUUUUAAGAGAGGAAGAAAUCGAGGUGUGACUUGAGCUGUACCACACGUGACUUCAACGAACAAGGAGAAGGGUAUGAUUACAUGCACCGUUUUCCGAGUAAAUGCUUUUAUCUGCUGCAGUUGGAUUAUGAAUUAGUGCUUUUGCUGUUGCAUCGGAAUUGUUUCUUGGUGUGAUGAACCUUAAAGAUUUUUCAAGUCUCAUGCACUUUUUUUUUUUAAUUUUGCCUUAUCAUAGUGACCAUUGUACAGUUGUGUCUUUAGGACUGAUGCAUGCGCCUAAUUGCGAUUCACUUUCUUCACACGCGAAUUGGUUGUGUUAAUUUUCUCAUGUACAAACCGCAGUACUUUGACGUAAAAAG